CCCAAAUCUUUAGCAGGAUUAAUAAAUAUAAUAAUAAUAUUUUGGUUUAAUUAGUGAAAGAUCAAUCCUUGGAGAAUGAUUGGAAUUUGGAAGGACUCAAUCCUUAGUACACGUGUCUCUCUCAAUCUCUCUUCCCUCCUCUCCCUCUCUCUCAAUCUCCCACCAUGGUACCUCUAUCACCUUCCUCUUCUUCUUCGUCGCCCAACCUUCCUCUCUCAAUCUCCCGAUCAUAUCGUUCUCGUGGAUGCGAUUGUAAAGAAUCGCUCUUUCGAUCAUUAUGGAUGAGUCGUUCGCUAAUCUACAGACGAGCCAUUUGCUUGGUUCAGUUCCCGAAUGUCAUCAAGCUCUUGUCUGCUGAAAUGUGCUAGAGCCACUCCCGGGAAGCUUUACGUCGGGGUAGGAGACCCUAAUGCUGAUCAUAAAUGCUGGGAACGGCCUGAAGAUAUGGACACACCUCGUACAGUCUACUCAGUAUCCUCUUCUAAUCCCGGUUCUGAUGUAGCAGCUGAAACCGCAUCAGCUCUGGCUGCAGCUUCUAUGGUUUUCAGAGAAGUUGAUCCUCAGUACUCGACUUCACUGUUGGCAACAUCUAAGAUUGUGAUGGAGUUUGCCAUAAAGAACCAAGGAAAUUACAGUGAUUCCCUUUCUUCAUCUGUCUGUCCUUUCUACUGCUCCUACUCUGGUUACAAGGCCGUUUCUAGAAGCGAGGAUUUUAAGCACGAGGAGCUCGAUGUGAGAGACCGUUGGUCUAAGAGCAGAAGGGAUGAAGGACGACUGAACAAGCCGCUUGAGUGUGGAAUGAUAAGGACCUUGGUGGAAGAAAAGAGCCUCUGGUCCAAUCAUACGCUCUUUGCUAAGAGGAUAAGUUGCUUGAACAUAUGUGCUUUCUUACUAAAAUAUUGUUUCACUUCUAAACAUAUACAUUUCACAUUAUAAAUUUUUUUUUUCCUUAAGGAUUCCUAAAUGGAAUACACCAUUGGACUGAUUUUUUGAAUUAGAAUCCUUAACUAUUCUAAAACAAAAAAAAUUAUUAAAAUAAAGCUUAAGGACUCCAAUGGUAGUCUCACCAUUGGAAAUGCUCUUACACAA